AAGCAGAGCUGCGACAGGAUCGAUCAGCAAGCGAUGCGGCGAAGUCUGGCGAAGCGAUGCGAGCUCACAUCGAGCAGGACGGUCUCGACUCGGACACGGCUCCUGAUAAGGCAGGCUUCAAGCUCUUCAGACGGACCAGACGUCGAUCAAUCCAAGCCACGACCCAGGAGCAAUAAUUCCUCUCGUCCUGCUCAAUUUGAUGCUGCACUUGUCCACCAAGCUCUCGGAUCCGUCCCUCGACCUAGCCCAUCGGACAGACCAGCGACCGCGCCUGCGAGGAGAGCAGAGAUCGACACGUCCGGUCCCAAGCCCGUUUUUCGAUCUGCUGCCUAUAUUGCCGCAACUCAGCAAAGAGCACAACGCAUGAGCAGAGACGAGGCGAGCACGAGCGAGAGACCGAGUAGAUUUGGACGGGCAGAGACAUACAGGCGACCGAGCGACCCAUCGAGAAACGAAUACCCGCCUCCUCGCCCGAGUUCGCCUUCCUACAACGCUUAUCCUCGUUCUGCACCACCGGAGAGCAGGCAGAUUGGGCGAGACCCGAGAGCUGCUUUUGGCGAUCAGAGAGGCGGUACACGUGGCCGGGGUGCGCGAGGGCGAGGAAGAGGCAGGGGCGAUGCUCCGAGCGGUAGGGUACAGAGAGUGCGCAGACCGGUGGAUGUCUCGCCGCCCUUGGGACCUCCGCCCGAGUACGCCAUCGAGCCAAAGACGAUCUAUAGCGAAGAAAGUCUGAGGUCGCUCGUUGGAGAGUUACGCUCUGCUCGAUUGGGCCCGCCGCAACGUGCUACGACAGCUCUGCCGGCACUACAGAAUGCAACUGCUGUUGCUGUGAAGAACACAGAGAAGAAAGAGGUGGCAGUAGCCAGAGCGUUCCCCCAAGUGUACGAUACUGCCAUCAUCUCACUCGUGCAGAACCCUAGCAUCGACAGACCCAAAGCGCAAGAGAUACUCGGUCACAUUGACAAGGCACUGGAGCCUGCCAGACCGCACCCUCAGUCUCAAUGAAACUGUUGUACGACAAAGUCCUGCGAAUUCGUUCGUCUCGAUCGAUCACGCUCGACCAAGACGCGU